GAGGGGGGGAGGGAGCUGGUGUGCACGUCUCCCUGCUCCCUCAUCACAUCCUUUGAGCAGCCUCUCUUGUGUCAAAUACAAGAAAGAAACAAGGCGGAGGCGUGGUCAGCCGGUCCUUGGAGGCAAUCCGAGGACCCGAGGGGGGAUCCGCGGAGGCUGGCGGGAUCAAGCUACGUCGGCGUGUGACUCCAUCCUCUGAGAAAAUGGCUGCUUUUCAGUGUAAACAGGCUGCGCAGGACCUGCAUUGCUAAAGGGAGGAGGGGCAGACGUUGGAGGAAAUGUCGCCUCUCCCAAUGAAAUCCUUCCCUUUCCAGCUAGCCCCAGCCUGCUGCAGCUCACCUUUGAACCCCGGCAUGUUUUGCAUGCAAGCCUCAUCGGUUCUUCUAUAGACCCCAGAUCAGCAUGAAGACAUCAGCAAUGAAACAGACUCAAGACUGAGUGAAUAACCUCAUUGAAUACAUAAUAAUAAUAAUAACAAUACAGUCACCAUUCAAGCCAUCAUGGAUCUGCCUACAGCCAAGGCAAGCCCGAGUUUUUUAUCCCCGUCUGCCACCUCCGCUACCACCAGCACCGUCCCCCUCCUGUCCUCCUCCAGCACAACGGGAGACAACAUCACAUCCACAACGGCGUUAAUGACUGUUACCUUCACCACCAACGAAACCGCUUUCAACACCACGGCAUUCCCGGAGGCGCUGAUUGAGGGCUCGGGAAUGGGAAUGGUGCUCGUCCCCUUUGGCGUUAUCACUGUCAUCGGCUUGGCUCUCGCAUUAUUGUUGUACAUUCGGAAAAGAAAGCGUUUGGAGAAGUUGAGGCACCAGCUCAUGCCCAUGUACAACUUCGACCCAGCCGAGGAACAAGACGACCUGCUGGAACAGGAACUGCUGGACCACGGCCGGGAUGGAACCCUCGCUGGGCCCAACGCAAAGUUUUGACAGUGGCUUGGUAGAAGGUAAAAACCAAACAAUGGUAAAGUAUCACCUGUGUGUCCUUAAUCCUUGACUUAAUCCUAAACAUUUCCACAACAUACCGUAAACAUCAUGCCAUGUACCUUUACCUUCUCCUUUCUAUAAUAUGAUAUAUUUUUGGUUAGAAUACACCAUCAGUAAUCACACAUAAUCUAAAGUGAGUUAUUCAGAGGAGUGACACGUCCCAAUUUCAUCCAUUUGUCAUCAAUUAGAGUGCAGCCUUGGUUAACAUGGGUCAUUUGCUCCUGAAUGUUCGACUCUAACUGAGGCGGAUGUUAACUGAAAACAAUAAUAGUUUUCAUGUACGGUAAAUCCAAUGAAUCUGCUCCGGAAAGCCAAAAAUGUAAACACAAAACACGUUUUUAUAGUUUUACGGUGUUCGUUUACAUGCAGUAAAUAAUUCCUAAUGUAUAUAAAUACAUAUAAAUGAUGAAUGAAUGAUGGUUUGAACAUGCAUCAGGUUACAAUGGAAUACAUCACAUAAAUCAAUUCACAGUUGAACUCAUGCAGUGUACUAAUAACACAACAAGACUGCUGUAUGUUUUUGACCUUAACUGAAAAACAUGCUAACCAGGGCGGACUCUAACCAAGAUUCCAUUGUCUAACUUACUAUUAUUGAAACAUUAUAAAAUAUUUCUGUCACUAUUUUACUCCUGUGUCUAUUUAUUUUCCUAUUUACAUUUCACCUUUUGUUCAUUUAAAUUCUAAUUUCUUAUUUAUUAUCUAAAAAAAAGUGUUCCUUCUUUUUUCCCUUUUCUUUCAUCACUUCUUAAGCUAUCCAUUGUUCCUUAUUCUCUAUUAUUUUCUCUCCCUGAUAGAAAACGUUUAAACGUUUAAACAUUUAAACGUAAACUUUUUUUCCCAAACAAUAUCGAUAAUGUUCUGCUUUUAAAUUUAGAUUUAGCUUUAGUCUGGAGGUAAGAAGGACUGGAACAAAUUUGGAUUGGACCAACUGCACCUGUUGAUUUGUCCUAAACAAAUAUCAUAACAUAACUACUAGCACAUUACUACUAUCAGGAGAAGCAGAGUAUAAAGGGGGAGGCAGCCACCUGCUGUGGCCCAGAAAGGUGCACUAUAUUCGGGUACAUGCUCCGAGGAGCCAGUGUGACCCCACGGAGGUCUCUGGUGAACUUUCUGGUGGCUUUUUUUUCUCCUUUUUUUUUUCUCAUAAUUCCCUCAUAUCAACAUCGAUAAUUUUUGUGCAGUGAGAAUGGGUGGGAUUAAGCUCUGCUUCUUCUUACUCCUUUUCAGGUAUUGCUGAAUGAUUAUCAUUAAAGACGUGCAAUCUUACAAACAAAUACACCAUGGCCAUAACUACAACAUAUCACUAAGCUGCAAUAUGACUCUUAUGUUUUCAAGUAUGAUUUAUCUCUCUUGGUGUUCU